AACGAUUAUGUAUCGCAAUCGAAGUCACUUAUUAGCGCGUUUGUUCACGGCAGGCAGAUGUUUUGAGAUAAAAAGUUAUCGCAUUUAGAUACAAAAGUCGGCAAUUUUUGCCGAAAUGGCUGAGGUAAUGUAUGGACUGGUAUCAGAAGCGAGGAAAAAUCGGUUUUCAGCGAUACCGAAGCUUACGGAAGAAGAUAUCGUGAAUGUAUGGGACAAUGUUUCGAAAUUCAUCGAAAGACAAAUGGCGCUUCAAAAGGGGGUAUGUGUUCCAGGACUCGGUACCUUUACGUACACGCAGAAAAAACUGGACGUUGGGAAUAAUAAAUACAUUCAGAUCCAAAGACCAGUUUUUAUGCUGUCGGAGAAGUUUGCGAUGACUCAUGCCCUGAAUUACACCAAACAUCACAUCACAGGUCAAAUUCCAGUGGUCCAGCUUAAUUUUGCUGCACUUUCAAAUGAGACUCCAUUCAAUAGAGACACUGUAGAAAGUUGCGUGAAAGAAGUCCUCCAGGCUCUCAGUAGAUCUGUGCAAGCAAAAAGAAAUGUCGAGUUCCACUUUGCUGGCAUUGGACGGUUGUCAAUAAGGGAGUCCAAAGUGAAAAUGAAGUUCUAUAAGGAGUUCUUGAGGAGUAUGGAUGGCUCUGGUAGCUUAGUUCAUGCACUGUCUAAUCGACCUGGAACUGCUGACUCUGUUUUGUCAGAGCCUUUUAGUCCCCGCCCACAUACUAGUAACACUCUGGUCUUACCAAGAAUUACUCCAGGAGAAGGAGGAAGCCCAGGUAAAAGUCUCGGAAAAGAAGAGAUGCCUACCAUCACAGAGCAGGAUGAGGAACUCAACGGGGGCGAGGUAGCAAGAGAAGAUGUGGCAACUCCUGACAAAGAAAGACCCCAAGAACAGGAGGAAGCCUGGCCAAUACCUGUUGUAGAACCACUGCUGGGAGAGCAGGACCUGCCCAAAGAAGAGGAUGCCCUUCCAAAGAGUCCAUCAAGACUUUCUCCUGCAAAUGGUCCUCGUACUCCUCUUCACCCUGCCAAAGCCACUGGUGUGAUUUAUAAUGUUUCAGAAUCUAUCUUGACACCGCCUCCUACUCCACCUAAGAGUCCACUGAAGGCUGGUCCUCCCAAAGGUAUAAGAGGAUCUACAGUAAACAAGGUCACCAGAAGUCCUACGCAGGAUGCAAUCAGACGUGAGCAAUCCCCUGGUGAUCAAGCAGGAGACACUCUUCAUUCUCCUGUCUCUCCAUCGAGACUAAGAUGUAGUCAUAGUGACAGGGCAGGACAGGAAUUAUGUUACCUUUGCCACCAACGUUCCCAGAAAAAUGUACCUAUUUACUUUGCUGAGGAGCGUCGUCAGCGAGAACUUGAGGAGGAUCGCCUUCUACAGCAGUACCAACAACAGAAGGACACAGAGGCAAUUCUUAAGGAACAGAACAAGAACUUAAACAACCGUUGUUACAAUCAGAAGGUGGCUGCAUUUAAUCUUGGGGUAUCCGAGGCAGUUAAGGAAAAACUUGGCACAAGACCAACAGAAUUCUGUAGGUCCUACUUAUUCCAGAACAGGCCUCUUACACCUCCCCGAUAUCUAAAGCAAGAUGAGUACUCUAAAGAACUUGGUGGUCAGGUACUUACGAAACACGAGAAGCUUUCUAAACUGAAAAAAGAACAGGAAUUUCUUGAAAGACUGGAGCAGGUUCAGCUGGCAGAAGAUUUGGCCUUACAACGGGAACAGUACUUGAGAGAGAAGAGAAUGGGCAGCGACGCUUAUCGUAAAGCGCUGGAUGCACAGGUGCGCUUCAAGCCCCUUCCUAUUCCUGCACUGGAGCCAGACUCUAAAGCACCUAUAUUCGGUGUUCUUGAUGCGACAGAGGAGAAAUUGAUUGACAGAAAGAAACGAGCGCAUCAGUUGUAUCAAGAGCAGCUGGAAAUGGUGGCACAGAGGAAGAGGGAUGCUAUUCUUAAAGAUCUACAGAAUCAGAAAGAGGAGUCGGAUAUGCUUGAAAGGACUCGUAGAGACAUCAUUUUAGAUCGCGCACUUCGUCAUCAAGAGCGUGUGGACGCUCGUCGCUCCCUUGAAGACUCUUGGGCCGCUAACGUGUGUCGUAAACAUGAGCUGGAACUUGAGGAACGGCGGCGUGCCCAGAGUCCUGGCAUGCUGAUACAUGAACAGUGUGAUAAAUAUCGCCGGUGCAAACAGUGCGGCAGACGACCUCACAACUGCGGUGAAUCGAACGUAUGGAGUGAAUCUCGGUACAUCCCUGGCUCAAGGCUCAUAGUUUAGAGCCCUUCUUCCUAUCUGACGGAUUUUCUUUGAACAAUUUGACUGAUUGACUACAAAACGGAAUAAAAGAAAACUACCAAGGCAAUUCGCCUUAUUAACCCCUCAGGAAAUUUGUGGCAAUUAUUUAUUGUUGUUAUAUUAUUUGUAUAAUUGUAUAGAAACAAUUGUGAGAAGGAUAUUGAACCGCAUCUGUUGGACAAAGCGAGGCGAAAAAUUACUUAAAAUCAUUUCAGCUUAUCUAGAAGUUCUCCUCUCUUCGUUCAUUUUGUUUCAAUUCUUUUCUAUGAAUUUUUUCCUCAAAAAAUCAACAGAAAAUCUCGCGUUUUGUAACUUAAACAGUGAACAUUUCCCUUUGGGAAUGAACGUUACUUGUUAUAAGUGCCAGUUAGUGUGAAUUUAACCUCAGAGUGAAUUAAAAACACAAACACGCUGGGCUUCGGGUUCAAAUGGCACAGCCUGCGUAAGAUUAUUUCGAGUAAUCUUUGGAAGCAAACAUCACCUUUAACUUGCAACUUAAUUGAGGGAACUUUAUUUCUUAAUUCUUCACUAAUCUAAUGAGCACCGUGUGAUGAAAAGUGUGUUCAGCAACUCUACACUGCUUGAAUGCAAUUGUAAAUACUGGCUAAUAAACCUAUCGUUUGAUGAAUA